GAAUGGUAAAAAAAUAUUCUUGGGCGGUUGAAACGACGAUAGUGACAAUUUGAUCAGGGUUGGCGGUGUGGUCACCUAAAGCACGCUGCGACUAGGCGCUAAUCGCUUGCCACCGCAGCGGCUUCAUCAUUGGCAACCGAGCUAAAGUUUUAGCCUUUAGGGGGAACAUUUCGACCCGACCACCAGAAAUCCACAAAUUCCAUGUCCAGAUCGCCUCUUCUCCUUGCCAGCGCCCGCAAAGCCGUGACCGCCCAAGCACUACUGCCACGAAACAACCGUAGCCAGCCGAGGCGAGCCAUGCACGAAGCAAAAGUCCAGCCCGCGGCCCCUGGGCGGCCGGCGUCGCUGUUCCUGCCGUCGUCGACGGCCCCACCGCCGCCAUCACCGUCACGGCUGCGGCGGCGGCGGCAGCGGCGCGGGCUCGUCUUCUUCAUACCCGGCAACCCGGGCCUGAUCGGCUACUACGUCCCGUUCCUGUCGCACCUCCGGCGGCUCCUGGACGAGGCCGAGCGGCGGGACAACGACGGCGGCGGCGGCGGCGGCGGCGGCGGCGAGCAGCAGGACAGGAUGGCGCUCGACGUCUUCGGCACCAGCUUGGCCGGGUUCGACGACGCGGACCACGCGCCGCCGUUCGCGCUGCCGGCGAGCCCGCCGCGCGACGUCGAGCACCAGGUGCGCUUCGUCGCCGACCUGGUCGCGGAGCGGGACGCCUUGUUUUCGUCGUCAUCGGUUUCGGCAGCAGUCGGGGGAGAAGAAGGAGGUGGGUACGACGCCAUCAUCCUCAUGGGUCACUCGCUCGGCACGUACCUGGCCUGCGAGGUGCUGCACCGCGACCUCGUCGCCCGGCGGAAGGGCGACCAGCAGCAGCAGCAACACCAGCAGCAGAGCAGGCCCCGGCUGCGCGCCGGCGUGCUUCUCAUGCCCACGAUAACGCACAUGGCGCGGUCACCGUCGGGCCGGCGGCUGGACGCGGUGCGGCAAUCAAAAACGCUGGACCGCUGGGCGCACGUGGCGGCCGCCGUCGUGCUGGCGCCCUGGCCGCGCUGGCUGCUCGCGCUGCUGCUGCGCCGGGCCUGGGGCAUGGCGCCGCACGGGGCCGCGACCACGGCCGCCUGGCUCAAGAGCAGGGACGGCGUGUGGCAGGCGCUGCACAUGGGAAAGGACGAGAUGGUGGUCAUCGCCGAGGACCGCUGGGCCGCCGACAGGUUCUGGGGAGGAGGGGUGGAGGGGGCGGUCGUGGGGACGGUGAAGGAAGGGGAGGAGGAGGAAGGGAAAAGGGACGGAGUGCGGCCGCCGAGGUUCUACAUGUUUUACGGCAAGGACGACCACUGGAUCUCGGACGAGAUCAGGGACGAGUUCAUCGCUGCCAGGCGCGGGCAGAAGGGGGUCGCCGAGGGCGAGUGCGCAACCAUUGUGCUUGAUGAGAGCGGCGUGAUCCCGCACGACUUUUGCAUAAACUACAGCGAGCCCGUGGCCGAAAAGGUUAUCGUUUGGCUUGACGAGCUCGCAGAGCAGCUGUGAGGCCUGCAGCUUUUGUUUUGUUGACUUUUCUUAUUCUCGGUCAUACAUUCGGCCCAUACAUUGUUCAAGGAUAGAGAUAGAAUUAGAGCCAAAAACUGUCCAGCCAAACAAGUAUAGAAUGAGGUCGCUGGCUUAUACGAUGAGAUGCAAAGCU